AUGUCAGUGGCAGUGAAGCCUGCCCAAUCACAGCCAGUAACCCAGGAUGUCAAUUCAUCUUUGGCGAAGAGCGACUCUCUUACGAGCGCCUUCAGACAACUAAAGGCACUUGCCUCUAGUGAUCCGCUACAGAGCGCUGCGGAAAUCAUUCUUCAACUCGAUCACCAGCAAGAGCAGAUGAAGGAACUAAGCAAAAGAAUCAACGAACAAGAGAGAAGCCAUACCAUUGCUACCAAAGUAUUAGCUUCGACAAUUGAGAAAGACAAGAAGACACAGAUUGACGCGGAUGCAGAAAUACACUCCUUGCGCAAAGAGAUCGCGGACAAGGAGAAAGGUCUUCGGGACUACUCGCAGAAGCUCGAUGCAGCUGCAAACGACAUGAAGAGACUCAAAUCGGAAAAGAUUCAGGAAACAAAUAAAGCCAUGCAAUUGUUGAGCGACAUCACGUCAUUGCAAAAGGUCCUGAAAGAGAAGAAUACCUCCAUCGAUCAAAUGAUUGCUUUUAAAUCAAGCUUCAAUGAUCGCUUGGCUUCCGAGGAAAAAAAGACUGGAGACCUGAAACAAGAGUGCGAGUCUCUGCGAGCUGCCAUGGAAGACGCACAAAUCAAGUUAGGAAGGUUGGAGAGUUUCAGGGCCCCAUAUCAGGGAAUGGAUGAGGAUUCCAUGCGUGAACAAUUUGUCCAUCUUUGGAAAUUCGCCACGGAGGAAAUCUUUAAGAUCUUGAAGCACGAAAGACUGGAUGAUAAAACCUCAUGGGAGGCGUUCCGAAAAGAAAGCGCACUGAUGACGCCACUCCCUGUUCCUCUACCCGCUUCCAAUAGCAAGGCUGCCCAAGGAAUGCGACUGGUCAUCAUUCUAGCGAUCUUGUCCAGGGAAAUUGACAAACAUAUCUUCCAACCAAACUACCUGGACUCGGACGAUAACCAGAUGCGAGGCAUACUCAGUCAACUUGCCAAAACGGACGGCGAGAAAGAAGCCUUUUGUCGCGCUAUGUUGCUGUCAAUUGAUCCGGCAGCUCAACAGAAAUCCGUCAAAUCUAGGACUUCCCAUAUCUCUCGUGAUAUCACCCACCGUCUGUUUGGAUCACUCACCGAUGAUAAGCAGAGCGAAGUUCGACAAACCAUAUCGAAGAUUGUAAAACUGGCGAUCGAGGCUUGGAUGCCAUUUCAACACAAUCAUUCAAAAUAUGAACCAGACUUCGAACCUGAAGCCUGGGAUGAUCCGGGCUGGCAGUCCUUCAACUUCCAGGGAGAGAAGACAGGAAAUUCAGAGACCGGUCUUACCGCCGAUAGUUAUUUAACGAUCUUCCCACGGAUUUCGUGUGUCGAUAAAGAUUACCGUGAUCCUUUGAAUUAUGUCGUUCAGAUCCGGAGAUCACAUCCGUUAUGGAGCGAGGCGGAGCAAGAGAUGAGUCGAAGUCCCAGUAGCCCUACGACGGGUCGCAUGCCAUGUACUGGCCAGAGAAGAGCAUCGGUCUCAACAAAUGCUAGUGCCAAUGGAAAAGUCUCUCCCAACGGAAAAGCCUCGCCGAAUGGGAAGUCUUUUUUAAACCCAAAGGCCGUCUGA